UGUUCAACAAUAGGUCAAAAACAAGAAAAACGUCACUAUUACGGUGCUAUUACGGUUUGUACCCAACCCGAAAGAUCUGAUUUUAUAAAAAAAUAAAAAGUUUAUUAUUGUUUGAAGCCUUAUAACUCAUAAUUGUGAGUCAUCUGUCAGGUUACCGAAAUGGACGAAGGAUUUUCUUCUUAUCACAAUGGGGGGCCGACUUCCCUACAAGAUUUUGGCAGAUUAUCUCAAACCAUAGGCACUUCGAUAUUAAAAAUAUCACAAAAUGUAUCGUCCAUGCACAAAAUGGUUAACCAACUCGGUGGUUCGACGGAUUCUCAGGAACUUAGGAACCAAUUACAUCAGAUUCAGCAUUAUACUCAGCAGCUGGUUAAAGACACCAAUGUUCAUCUCCGAGAUUUAGCAACUUUAGCAAGUAAUUCCGGAUCAAGUAGUCCUGGAGAACAACGACAACGUAAAAUGCAGAAGGAACGACUUCAGGAUGAAUUCACUUCUGCAUUGAACAAUUUCCAGGCGGUACAAAGGAAUGCGGCAUCUAAAGAAAGGGAAUUGGUGAGAAAAGCAAAGGCCAGUGCAGGUCUCGGUCCACCCAGUGAAAGAAAGCAAGAAACUCUCAUUGAAUUGCAGGACAAUCGAACGCAAAAGCAAAUUCAACAACAACAAAUGCAAGAAGAACACAAUUUGCGAAUGCUUGAAGAUCAGGAGGCGAAUAUCCGUAAACUGGAAAUCGAUAUCCAGGAUGUUAAUCAAAUUUUCAAAGAGUUGGGAGCUCUCGUACAUGCUCAAGGAGAAAUUGUCGAUUCAAUCGAAGCAUCAGUUGAACGAACAGAAGUUUUUGUAAACGAGGGAACAGAUCAACUUAGGAUGGCAUCGAAUUAUCAAACUAAAUUGCGUAAAAAGAAAUGUUUCCUGUUGAUCAUUGGUGUUGUUGUCUUGGCCAUUCUGAUCGGAAUAAUUGUCUGGCAAUCAAAUUAAUGUCCUCGCAAUCUUUAUUACCAAUUGAUUAAUCAAUCGAAUAUCGACGCUGCCUCGUGGGCGAAAAUUGUUUAAUAAUCGGAUUUCCUCCUUUAUGGCUUAUGAGGAAACUUUUUUUAUCGCAAAAAAGAAAAAGAAGAAGAAGAAGAAGAAAAAGAAGGUUUGCGAUGGAUCCAUGUCAGAGUGUAGAAAGCUUUAAAUUGCCUCGCGAAAGUAUAUAUAAUUUUCACUUUUUAAUAUAGUGAUAUAAGGGUGCAGUUUUUCCAUUGAACACAAAAAAAACAUCCGAGGAAGAAUAUUUUAAUUUGCCUCAAAUUGUACAAUAAUUUAUUCGCCAUAAAAUGGUUAAAUUAUUAUUAUUACUUCUAAAUAUUUAUAUUAUUUCAAUACUAUUAUAAUAUAGAUAUUUUUUUUAAUGAAAUGGAGAAACUUAUUAUUUAUAUUAUAAUUAAUAGUAUAAAUUAACAAAAGCAAAAUGUAGAGAAUUAAAAAGCAUUCUUAAGAGAGAGGCCGAUGAGAAUUGAAUUGAAUAUUGUUGUGUGGAACGAAAGGGCACUUUCGAAUGAUCUGUAAAUCAUUCCUUAGUUUAUAAUUUAAGAUUCUCACUUUUUAGAAAUUUCAUCCUUUUGCAAUACUUUAGUACAAUAUUAUAUAUAAUUAUAUUUAUAUAUAGAAUGUUAACCCAAUAACCUGAUGAUCGAGCAUAAUGAUGUCGAAAGAAAAAUGAAUUAUUUUAAUCAAAAUGAAAUAAAAUCUUUGUUAAAAGAA